AUGAGCGUCCAACUCCCCCCCGCCACGCACCGCAAGCGCACCCUCCCACAAGGCGAACUCGAAGCCGCGUCGACGCUGAAGCUCGGCGCGGACCAGAACACGCAUACGCUAUCGCUGUCCGAAGCAAGAUUGGUUAUUAAUAAGGUGUUGGAGAAUAAGCGGAGGGGUGGGAAGAAGUAUGAGGAGCCGGAGAACCUUACGAAAACGCUCGAUUACUUGGAGGUAUUUGCGCGGUUCAAGGAUGAAGAGAAUAUCAAGGCUGUCGAGCGGUUGUUGAAUUCGCAUACGGAGUUGGAGAUGUUUGAGCGGUCGCAGCUUGGAAGUCUGUGCUGCGAUAACGCCGAGGAAGCCAAAUCGCUCAUUCCCAGUCUGCAGCAUAAGAUCUCGGAUGGCGAUUUGCAGGAGCUGUUGGAUGAGUUGACCAAGUUGCGCAAUUUCACAGAGUAG